CCCUCAGCUCACAGGGAAAGCUUUUCUUCUCGCAGCAGCAGCGGGGAUUGUGUGACUGCACACGCCGGAUAUUCAUCACAUUAAAAAAACACACACUCAGUGCUGAAAGCGGCGAGAGAAGAAGGACUCUUCCCUGGGUCGUGUAUCCCUCCACGUCCCACCUUUUCUGAUUUUUGGCCGUCGUUGCUUUUUUUUUACCCCAAUUCUUUAUUUUGUGUUUUUCUACGUUUCCCCGACUCCUGGCAGUCUCUCUGUGGCGCACUCAGGUUUCGUUCGGCUGACAUGGUAGAUUAUCACGCUGCCAAUAACCAAUCCUCGGCAGGCGGGGUUCAGACAUACAUGGAGCAAGAGAAUGAUUGGGACCGGGACCUUCUGCUGGACCCGGCCUGGGAGAAACAGCAGAGGAAGACGUUCACGGCAUGGUGUAACUCCCACCUGCGGAAGGCUGGCACGCAGAUCGAAAACAUCGAGGAGGACUUCAGGGACGGACUCAAACUCAUGCUGCUGCUAGAGGUCAUCUCAGGCGAACGGUUACCCAAGCCUGAGCGAGGCAAGAUGAGGGUCCACAAGAUCAACAAUGUGAACAAAGCCCUGGACUUCAUCGCCAGCAAGGGAGUCAAACUGGUCUCUAUUGGAGCAGAGGAAAUCGUGGAUGGAAACGCCAAGAUGACCCUGGGUAUGAUCUGGACCAUCAUCCUCCGUUUCGCCAUCCAGGACAUCUCUGUAGAAGAGACCUCUGCGAAGGAGGGUCUUCUCUUGUGGUGCCAGAGGAAGACCGCUCCCUACAAGAAUGUCAAUGUGCAGAACUUCCACAUUAGCUGGAAGGACGGUCUCGCCUUCAACGCUUUGAUCCACAGACACAGACCGGAUCUCAUCGAUUACGACAGCCUCAGAAAGGAUGACCCAGUGACCAACCUGAACAAUGCCUUUGAGGUGGCUGAGAAGCACCUGGACAUCCCCAAGAUGUUGGACGCAGAAGACAUUGUGAACACUGCUCGUCCAGAUGAGAAAGCCAUAAUGACUUAUGUGUCCAGUUUCUACCAUGCCUUCUCUGGAGCACAGAAGGCUGAGACAGCCGCAAAUCGUAUCUGCAAAGUGCUGGCUGUCAACCAGGAGAACGAGCAAAUGAUGGAGGACUAUGAGAAGCUGGCUAGUGAGCUGCUGGAGUGGAUCCGUCGCACCAUUCCCUGGCUGGAGAACCGAACCCAGGAGAAGACCGUACAGGAUAUGCAGGCGAAGCAGGAGGACUUCAGAGACUACCGCUGUGUCCACAAACCACCCAAGGUCCAAGAGAAAUGUCAGCUGGAGAUCAGCUUCAACACUCUGCAGACUAAACUGAGACUCAGCAACAGACCUGCCUUCAUGCCAUCAGAGGGACGCAUGGUUUCUGAUAUCAACGGAGCGUGGCACACCCUGGAAGGAGCAGAAAAAGGCUACGAGGAGUGGAUCCUCAGCGAGAUCAGACGUCUGGAGAGACUGGAGCACCUGGCAGAGAAGUUCCACCAGAAGGCUGCCAUCCAUGAAUCCUGGACCGAUGGUAAGGAGGCCAUGCUGACCCAGAAAGACUACGAGACUUCCACCCUGUCAGAAGUCAAGGCGUUGCUACGGAAACACGAGGCCUUUGAGAGCGACCUGGCAGCCCAUCAGGACAGAGUGGAGCAGAUCGCCGCCAUUGCACAGGAGCUCAACGAGCUGGACUACUACGACUCCGCCAGCGUCAACGCUCGCUGUCAGAAGAUCUGUGACCAGUGGGACGUCCUGGGAGCCCUCACCCAGAGCCGCAAAGAGUCACUGGAGAGGACAGAGAAGCAGCUGGAGUCGAUAGAUGAGCUUUACCUGGAGUACGCCAAGAGAGCGGCACCCUUCAACAACUGGAUGGAGGGCGCAAUGGAGGACCUGCAGGACAUGUUCAUCGUCCACAACAUCGAGGAGAUCCAGUCCACACUGGCGGAGGCCAACAAGGAGCGGGAGGCCAUCCAGGCCAUCCAGGCUGAGGUGCAGAAGAUCGCCCAGAGCAAUGGCAUCAAGCUGAGUGGAGCCAACCCCUACACCACCAUCACACCCGAGAGCAUCGACAGCAAGUGGGAAAAGGCGAUGGACAUGGUGCCGCUGCGUGACAACGCCCUGCAGGAUGAGCUUAACAAGCAGAACUCCAACGACACACUGAGAGCCAAGUUCGCCACUCAGGCCAACACGGUCGGCGCCUAUAUACAGGCCAAAAUGGAGGAAAUCGGCAGGAUAUCCAUUGAGAUGAACGGCACUCUGGAGGACCAGCUGACCAACCUGAGGGAGUACCAGAAGACCAUCAUGUCUUACAUGCCCGAAAUUAACACGCUGGAGGGAUACCACCAGCUCAUCCAGGAGGCCCUCAUCUUCGACAACCAGUACACAUCCUACACAAUGGAGCACCUCCGUGUGGGUUGGGAGCAGCUGCUGACCACCAUCGCCAGAACCAUCAAUGAGGUGGAGAACCAGAUCCUGACGCGUGACGCUAAGGGCAUCAGCCAGGAGCAGCUCCAGGAGUACCGCGCCUCCUUCAACCACUUUGACAAGGACCACAGCGGGGCCCUGAUGGCCGAGGAGUUCAAGGCCUGUUUGAUCAGUCUGGGCUACGAUGUGGAGAACGACAAGCAGAAGCGAUCAGGACAGAUGGUCUCAGAUGAUUUCCGGGCUCUACUCAUUUCUACAGGAAACAGCCUGGGCGACAGCGAGUUUUCUCGCAUCAUGGGCAUAGUAGACCCCAACGGCAGCGGCGCCGUCACCUUCCAGGCCUUUAUUGACUUCAUGUCCAGGGAAACGACCGACACGGACACAGCAGACCAGGUCAUCGCCUCCUUCAAGAUCCUGGCCGCUGAUAAGGCUCGAGGAACGGAAAUGGGCAGUACCUUUUGGGGAGGGAGGGGGUCUGAUCUGCGCGUGCAGCACCGACUGUCGGACCUGCAUUCACGCGCGCCGCUGUGCCCCCUUGGAGCAGCUCGAGACCAACAACAUGAGCAGCUCGGUGACAUCCGAAGAAGUGACGCUCAAGCCGUGACGUGA